AUGAAGAAUGUGCAAAGAGAACAAAAAGGGAAAAAACGUAAAGAUGAGAAAGUUAGGAGCAGUGGGACGAACUAUCAUCCUUUGGGUAGCGAAAAUAAAAAAUGGAUUGACGAAACUUGGUUCGAGUCGAACACAGUGUGUAGUAAUAUCAGCGUAGAUUCCUCCGUUGAGAAAUGUGGGGAGCGCCGUAGGGCGGAUGGACCCACCGUUGGGAGCAAACCAGGUGGUGGUCCCACAAAGGGAGGCCAUUCAGCCGAUCAGUCAAACGGAGAAAAUGACUGCAACGAAAAUGGCUACCAACAAACGGGCUACGUCAACGUGACCCUCUCAGGGGGAGAAACACCGGGUGAGGAUAAUACACGUGGGAAGGGCCCCCCGGGGGGGAGCAAAACGGACGAUCAUUCGCCCUCGAAGCGGGGGAAAGAAGGGGAGAAAAAAAAGAGUAAAGAGAAGAAGGGGCCAAGUAAAAAGAGAGCAGAAAGGCAGGCAGCAAAAUCCGCAACUACCACGGUUGACCAGCCGGGAAGCGAAAAGAUGGAACACUUGAAAGACAUCCUACACGAACAGCUGAAAAAGAAAAAAAACAUUUUGGAAGAAAAGCUGAGGGCGAGGCAGCACGAAAGGAGUAAGCUAGAGGAGGAUGUAAAAAACGCAGGAGCGGAACUGUUUAGAGUGAAUAAAGAAAACGAUUUUUUAAAUAAAAAGGAUCAAGAGUUAAGUGAGUCGAUAAGGAAUAUGAAAGAUGAGAGGGAGAGGCAGCUGGGGAAGCAAGCCGAAUUGAAAAGAAAUUACAACAAGCAAAUGGCAAAUUUGAAGAAGGAGCUGAAUUACCAAUCCGAUGUCUUCAGCAAGUUUAAUAAGAGCCUCCUCGAGCUGAACAACUUGAGGAGGUACUUCGACUUGGUGACCGCCAAUUCGCGCGUCAGUGAAAAUGCAUUGGGGAGGAAGCGGCAGAAGGGCCAGGCGGGGCAGGCGGGGCAGACGAGGCAGGCGGGGCAGACGGGGCAGACGGGGCAGACGGGGCAGACGGGGCAGACGGGGGCGAUGGGACGCGCAGAGGAUGAGGCCCCCUUAGAGGGAGAGCCCCCCCUGGUGAGCCAGCCAGCCAUCCAGAAGAAGGAAAACAUUCUGAGCAAAAUGAACCACGACUUGAACGAAAUACAAAACGACAUCGACACGAAGAAGGAAAUGGAAAGGAACGAGCAGACGGAAUGUGCCAAUUUGGAAAGACUCAUAAGGGAGGAGAAGGAGGAGUACGCGCAGUUGAAGAAGGGGAGGCAAAGCAUGCUGAAGGAGCUGAACGAAUCGAUCAGCAAAAUGAAGCAGAGAGAUGAAGCGAUUGACGAAAUGAACACCAAACUGAUGGAGCUAAAGUCAGCCAUAUGCGACAUGGAGGUACAGAAGGAGGUCCUCACGAAAGAGCUUACAACGGAGAAGGAGAAAAAGGAAAAACUUCAAUCCGAACUUGGGGCGCUGAAAAACGAGGCGGAACGGACCCUGCAGGGGGGGAAAGAGAUCCAAAAGGAGGUGCACACCAUGGUGCGGCACAACGAAGAAGUCAAAGUGGAAAUACAAAAUGAGCGAACCAAGUGUGCACAAAUAAACGAAGAAAUAGGAAAACUCAAAAAGGAAAUGCGAAACAGGGAAAACAAAAUAAAGAUGGUAAAAAAUGAUAUUAACAAAAAUAUUGACAAAAUUAUUAACAUGUAUACAGAAGAAAUUAAAGUGAGUCAUUUUUCCUCAAAAUUGAAAAGCGACCUGGCCAAUGUGAAGGAAAACAUCACGAGAAAAGAAAACGAAAUUGAAAGCUACAAAAAUGGUAUCAUCCGAACUAAGAUACAACAAAUUUUGGAAAGCACAAAAAUAGAAAAUGUACAGGAAAAGGUAAAAAAAUUAAAUGAAGAAUUUGAAGAAAAAAAUGAACUGCUAACGAACUACGACCAAGUCAUAAAGAAAAAUCACCACUUGAUUGAAAAUAAACAGCUGGAGGUGGACAGACUGAAUGAGGAGUUUGACAGGAAAAAUAAAAAAAACUGUGAUGACCAUGGAAUGCCUCUCACGUUGAACAUAAAAAUACAGAAGCUGAAUAAGCAGAUAAGGGAUGUACUGAAGCAGAGCAGGCAUUUGGAAAAGAACUGGUUUUUGAAGCAAUCCGAAAUGAUAAAAAUACAAAAUGAAAAUCAAAAAAUGAAUGAAGAAAUGCUCAGAGGGAAGGACCUACGACUCAUUCUAAAUCAGAAGAAGUGCGAACUUCAGGAAAAUUUCAAAAACGCGCAAAAUGGAAUUAAAAAAAUAAAUAAAAAUAUCAUGUACAUACGACUGCAGCUGGAAAAGUUCGCCUCCAAAAAUUCGGACACGCUCAGCGAAAUAGGCAAAAUGGAAGACAACUUGCUCAAGUGGAGCGAAAAAAAAAACAUCAAAGCUGAACAGUUUAAGCGGAAAAAGGAACACUUAAAAAAUGAUAUCAACUCCCUAAAAUGUGAAAAAGAAAAAUACCAACAAGACCUCCUGCACUAUGAAAAUAAAAUCCUCAUUUUGGAAAACAAAAUCGACCAAAGGAAGAAGCUGCAAGGGGUGAUCAAAGAGUACACGGAAAACAAGGACAUCCUCCUCUUGAAGAAAAACAUACAGGCAAAGCAUGACCUCAUAGAGAGUGCAAAAAAGCAGCAAAAUAUUCUCCUCGCGAAUAUUAAGCAGGCACUGAACAAGCGAAACGAACUGGACAGUAAGAAGGAAGCUUUCCAAAAAAAUUUUGACAACGGGGUUAAUGUCUCCUUUAAAAUACAGCACGAAAUUGCUUUUGCUAAAAAAAAUGUCAAACAGGCUAAAGGCAAGAAGGUGUCCCUCGCCAAGUACCUAACCGAACUGACCCACUCCUAUGAGCAACUUACUUCUAAGGCAGAACAAGAGAAGACACACCUCCUCCAUCUGAGCAGACAGCGUGACAUCUACGAGGGCAUACUCAAGAUCCAAAAUUGUGAAAAGAAGCAACGAUUCCUGGAAUUGCUAAAAUUUCAAAACGCCGUAAAAAAUGGGGGCUCUCUUUCCAACUCGAAGAAGCCGUAUGAAACUCUGCGGAAGAGCUGCGCCUCCUACAGGAAGAGGCUCCUCGCCAUUGAGAGCAAGCUGCGUGGCUUGGCCGCCUCCGAUGAGGCGUACGCCAGGUUGAUUGGGGUGCUGCUCGAGUGGCUCGCCAACUGA